CCUGUCCCAGAACAAGGCAAAUGGGCGUAUUCACGACUCGCUGAGUGGAAAAACUCCUCACAGGACAGACGUCUCUAAAGAAGCAGAACGUUGACAGCCGAACGUUGCUGCUGCUACUGGGAGAUUUUAAAGCCAACAUUCACAGGAUGUCCUUCUACGGCAGCUUCUUGUCAGACGAGCAGUUUCAGUGCUCCAUCUGCUUGGAGGUGUUCACGAACCCUUCCUCUACACCAUGCGGUCACAGCUUCUGCAUGAGCUGCAUCAGCAGAUACUGGGAUGGAUCCAAGAUCUGCCAGUGCCCUCUGUGUAAAAAGACCUUCCAGAAGAGACCCGAUCUCCAGAUCAACCGGACCCUGCGCGAGAUAACUGAGCAGUUCAGGUCAAUGCAAGGCGGGCUCAUCGGAAGUGGACGAGCGGCGGGGAGGGUCAAGAGAGUGGGAAAAGCUGGAGGAGGGAAAACCGAUGGAAUGCGUGAUGAUCUGAUGCUUGAAUUAGCCGGACGACUGACGAAACCUCUGCCUGAAAGACCAGUGGCUCUAACACAAGAAGAUCCAACCACUGUCCAUCCCACUCCAGGCCAGGUACCACUCACAGCUUUGCUGGCAUCGUCGGUGCCAAACGACAGUCCCAUCUCCACCUAUAACCCGGCAAUAGAGCCUCCCCCACCACCACCGCCAUUCAACCGCUCCAACGGCCGCAGAAGAUUCACCUUGAGCUGUGCAGCGAGCAGCCAGAGCCUGCCUGUGUGUGCGCUCCAUCGGAGGGGCCUGCUGAUUUACUGCCGCGACGACAGGGUGUGCAUCUGUCCUGACUGUGAGACUGAAAGCCAUCAGGGUCAUGACACAGUCACCGUGGAGGAGGAAUACAACGAGAAUAAGGUAAAGGCGAGAGUGUGUGAGCAGCAGAUCCAGGAGAUGAUCGGACAGAGGCUGCAGAAGAUUGAUGACAUCCAACUAUCAGUGGACCAACUGGAGUCAGCGGUGGAGCGAGAGAUCACCAGCAGCAUAUGCAUCUUCUCGGCCCUGGUUUCCGCCAUCGAGCGCUCACAGGCCGAGCUGAUGGAGGUGAUGGAGACGAGUCAGAGGACAGCGGAGCAGCAGGCCACCGCCAUCAAACAGCAGCUGGAGCUCGAGAUUGAUGAACUUCGAAGAAGGGAGCGGAUAAUCUCUGAACUCACUCAAUCGGAAGACUACAUCUACUGUGUUGAGAAUUUCCCCAUUGUUUCUAGUCCUCCCCAAACCAAAGACUGGUCUGGAGUUUCGAUGGACUUUAACAUGGGCACAGAUAACAUCUACAGGACAUUGGCCGACUUGAUGGAAAGGUACCAGGAGCAGCUGAGGAGUCUUGCCGAAACAGGUUUACUUCCGAUGCCCACUUACCAGCCACCAGAUGCAAGUCCAAGUCGGACCCAGCCAAAGGUGAAGAGGGUGCAGGAAUAUGCAUUGGACGUGACCCUGGACUUCAACUCUGCUCACCCAAGAUUGAUCAUAUCAGGCGACAUGAAGAGUGUGAAAUGUGGAGAUCGACACCAGCUGCUUCCAGAUAACGUCGAGAGGUUCGACAGAGUGGUCUGUGUUCUGGGGUCCCAGGCUAUCAGCUCCGGGAGACACUAUUGGGAGGUUCUGGUGGGCGGGAAGACAGACUGGGAUCUGGGGGUUGCCAGACAAUCCAUCAACAGAAAAGGGAAAAUCAACGUCAACCCCAGUAAUGGUUACUGGUUCCUCAGCCUGAGAGACAAGAGCAAGUAUGCUUUUCGCACGGAACCAUCCACAGACAUCGAUAUGAACCUCCGACCGCAUAAAAUCGGGAUAUUUGUGGACUAUGAAAACGGACAGGUUUCUUUCUACAACGUGGACGCCAGAGUGCAUAUCUACACUUUCAAUGACACCUUCACGGAAUGCGUCUUACCGUUUUUCAGCCCCUGUACGAACAAAUCCGGGAAGAAUGACGGGCCGCUGGUGAUCACACCCGUCAUCCUGACGGCAUGACACCGCCUCAGUUCUCCCCGACCAGGACAGUUCAGUUGAAUCACAGUGACCCUUCUGUUGGUUUCUCUCUUCCGAUUCACUUUGUAAAAUAUACUGAUGAAAUAAGUUUAAAUGUAUAUUAUCACUAUUUGUAUUCUUUUCUAUACAGAUAAAACAUUUCUCAAACUAAAAAACAGCUGUAACGGAUCAUUGAAGGACUGGUUGAACCCGCUUUACCACAUGGUUGGGACAAAAAAAAAGCAAGAAGCCAGGAGGCAAUUUUCAUUCUUGACAUCGCCUCACAACUCCGGGUCACCACUGAGGAAGGUGAAAUGGGUCCACUUAGUCUGUCAUUAAACAAAGACCCAGGGUCAGGCGUUUUCUGCAGGCAUGUCCGGGAGGAGAUCACAAGAAAGUUCCAGGACAAGGCAGGAACAAGCUCUCCACAGUCUCUAAUCAUGUCACUGCUGAAGCUUUCACCCAAGGAGACUUUGGGUGGAGUAUCCAGGCAACUGCAGGGCCAGACAUCACCAAUAAACAAGCCAAAUAAUGCCACAUCACGCACCAUCAUGUUUGAAGUUGAUGUGAAGAGAGACCUGUUGUGUUAGGCAGAAAAAAAACCAAAUGCUCCACUUGUUGGCAUCAAGUUUCAAUGGCCCUGUGAGAUUUUAAUAUUAAAGAACAAUAAUAUAAAAAGAUAAAUCAUAUGAAACAAUAUAAAUCAUAUAA